UGAAGCGGUCACUGCCUCUCUGUUUUCCUUCUAGAAGUUAGAAAAACAAGCUCUUCAGAGCACUCUUCUUGUAUUUCUCGGCGUUUUGCUUAACCUGCAGCGCUGCCUCAGGAUCUCACAGAGCGGAGGAACGAAAAGUUAGAGAAAAGCAAGCAAAGAGGAGGCGAGGGGAAGAUUUUGCUGGAAACCUCUUUGGGAAGCUGGAGAUCUUCUCAGGAUGCCUGCCGUGGGCUUGUUCUGCUCUAGCAGCUAUUCACAUCUUCCCGGGUGAAGGCAGCUCCCGGCCACGGGGCAUCCGCAUUAAGCAGGUCUGUGCGGAGGGCCAGGAGUGCUCUGAGGGAUGCAGAUAGCAGCAAUGCUGUAACAAGCAGCCUGCGAGUGUUGCUGGCUCUGCCUGUGUCCAUAAGGUCCCUGCAGGGCUGGGGAACGCGGCGCCCUGCGCUCGCUAUGCCCCUCCGCCGUCUAGCGCUGGAGUUGGCUGUCAGAGAAACCUUCGAGGUCCCCUGCUCAGCCCCGGUAGUGUCAUGAGUUAGAUUAGUUGGAGCUGUGCUGGGGGCGGUGAGGGCUUGGAUUACAGUCCAGAACUCAAAGUGCUUCGGUGGUUCACGUCGGAGGGGAGAGGAGACGCCCCGUCGCACACAUGGAGGAAAAAGAGAAAAACCACUGCACUUGGAAGUGAGGGGGAAUAAAGGAGGCCGGGAACAUGGACUCGGAGUCGCUGGACGGUUGCAUUCAGAGUACGUUAUCAGCACUCUACCCUCCGUUUGAGGCUACUGCAGCCACUGUUCUGUGCCAAGUUUUUGAUGUGGUGGAGAAGACGUACCGUGGGGAUGGACUGCGCUACCUCAUAGACUUCCUGAUUCCAGCCAAGCACAUCCUGCAGUGCAUUCAGCAGGAUGCCUGUGUUCAGUACUGUGGCUUGCUGUUUCGCCAUGAGGGCUGGCCCCUGUGUAUUCAUGAGAAGAUUGUAGUCCAGCUGGCUUCCAUUGACUGGCGAAUCUUGAAGCCUGGUGACUUCUACCUGCAGGUGGUCCCCUAUCUGAAGAAGUCUCCACGAAUUGUAUUGAAAUGUUUGGCAAAAGACAAGCAUAAUGUAGAGGAAGUCGUAAUUCCAGAAGUUUCCUAUACCUCUAUUUUCACUCUGGAAUGGUUGAGUACUAUCAAUGGAGAGCGGAUGGGUAUAGCACUGGAAAAUUGUUUACUAACCACUGAUGAUAAAAUAUUUCGUGUCCCCUGGGAUAAAGUGGUUAAGCCUGAAUUUAUAAAUAAACCAAAAAUAAUUGAAAACAGUAUCAUCUCUCCAGAAAUAACAGAGGAACCUUCAAUUUUGUACCUCCCCAUGGACCAUGCUGAGAGCAGUUCACCAGACCUAGGAUCUCAGUAUCUACAGGAAAAAAGUCCAAAUCGAGACAACCUGGUCAUUAACAGCAGAGCUCCGCAGCUGAGUGAAGCUCUUGUCAACGGUGGGUGUGCAAGUCCUGUGCCUCAAGAGAACUUGAAAAGUGACCUUGAAGGGGAGUACGUUGAGCUGACAGAAGUUUCACUGCCCAGGUUUGGGCCACAAACAGGCUCUUUAACCCAGUCGCUAGCUUUAAAUUAUCUAACUCAGCCCAGAACACGAGUGAAUGCAUCUAAAGGCAAGCACAGGUUUAUUGUCAUUCAAGACAGUACCUACUCCAAGAACUUAAUUCAGUCAGCACUUAUGCAGAAGGAGCACUGUCAAAUGGACACUCUGAGGACUUCUUCUACGGAAGUUCUCAAAAAUGUAAUUCCGUUGGAAAGCAACAAAAUGAUAGCACAUGAAGAACUGUCUCCAGAAGGUCAGCUGAUGUCAGGGUGUCCUGGAAACAUGGGGAAUAGCUUUCCUGUGGCUGAGUCUCCUGCCUGCAGUGCAGAAGAUUCAUCUGCAGAGCAGAAGACCCGCAGCGAACACUCAAUCGAUUGGCGAUAUGCACUGUGCAGCUACAGUGAUGUGUGUGCUAGUGAUGGUGUCAACUGCAAAGCACAAAUGCCUGGUGCUCUUGGAAAUGUGGAAGGAGCAAGUGAUGGUCCUAGAGGAAAUCCUGGUGUUCAAACAUUGGAGCGGAGCUCAGAAACAAUUCUAGAUGCUGCUGUUGCUCCAGCUAAAGAGGAGGUGAUACUGAGAGAACAUGGAGAACCACUGACUGAAGAUCAAAAUGAGGUGACACAGGUGGAUUCCUCUCCUGUGUCUGUCCUGGGAUCUUUGGGACCACACUGCACACUGCAGGAAAGUUCUGAUGCUUCUUGCCAGACUGUCAGUGAAAGUAUUGCGCCAGGCCAGGUCCCUACAUUGCUUGUCAUGCCUGAGAGUUCAGAUGUAGGUGUGGAGGGAGUCUCUCCUUCAGGGAACACAGCAGAUGUAGGAGCAGUCGGUGCUUGCUGCAGUGAUCAGGAAGCAAACCUUAGUUCUCCAUUAAAUCCUCCAGAACAGAACCAAGGAGAAGUAGAUGAAUUUGAGCUGGAAAGAAGGGACGGCCCUGAGGAAGUCAAAGAGACUGAACAAAUAUUGCCUGUAAAUGAGAAUCGGACUAGUCAUAGUCACUGUUCUGUCAAAGCUCCUACAGAUGGACUCUUGUUAGAUGGUGAAGAGCAAGAGAUCUCUGCAUGUCAGCAUAAUAAAGCUGAAGAAGCCAUGCUACUCCAGAGUGCUCUGUCAGCAGAGGGUGAUCAGACGGCAGAACAAUUAAAUAACAGUGACUCUUUGGGCCUUGAUACACAAACAGAAGGCUCAAGUCAAUUCGGAACCCAGAGGUCUGGGGAAAUGUGUGAGGAACCACAAAGACAGGCAGAAAACCAGGGCCAUAAAAGUGAAGAGAACUCUGUGCUGAACCCAGAGUGUUUUGUGGUACAGGACGUGAAGGGAGGGGAGGAGAACCAGGGAAGUUUUCCUUACGGGGAAAAGUCAAAGACUAUAGCCUUAAAAACACUGGAAUCCAUUGAAGAGGAACUGGAAGUUGGACCACUGUCCUCAGGACCCGCUGAAGGGCAUGCAGAGCCCACCGGUCCGUACUCGCACCAAGAGGCAGCUUCUGGGGCAUCAUCUCCUAAAGGCAUGGUGUCAGAAGGGGCAGAGACAAGAAAAGAAGCAAGUGGCACAGAUGUGUUGAAACCAGUGAGUAAAGUGAGUGCCCUGGAGGAAACCUCAACAGCUGUUACUCCCCCGCCAUCCCCAGCUGCCUGGGGUGGUCGGUCUGCACCUACCAUAGUCAAGGAUGUGAACCCAGAAGUGCUCAGAAGCGGAGUUGCCUGCCUGCCUGGUACGAGGGAUAAAUCAGGACGUGCAGUGGCCAUAAUAACAACAAGGAACACAGCCUGGUUAAACCCCCACUGCAACACCACUGAGCUUGUACGCCUUCUUCUGUACCUGCAUAGCAUCCCAAGACCAGAAUGUCAGGCUUUGGGUCUGACUGUUCUUGUGGAUGCCCGUCGCUGUUCACCGGUUCCUGCUCUCUUCAAGGCAUUCAGCAUAUUGCAGGACAUGGAUCCUCACUGCAUUCAUGGAGUACUGCUUCUGGUUGAAAGAGAUCUGACUUUUCGAAUGGAGAAGCCACCAGCAGGACAGUUUGAACUUCUCACCUCCAUGAAAUCCCUCCAUAAGCAUAUAGACAGCUCGCAGCUGCCUCUAGAACUGGAUGGGACCUUCCCUUAUUGCCACCGGGACUGGUUAGGCUUUCGCAUGAAACUGGAACAUUUGCUACAAGGAUGCCAAGGUGCCUGUGUCUUCCUCCAGGGAGCCAUCCAUAAAGUGGAAUCUGGAAAAUUACCAGAAAGAGCGGAGGAGGCAGCUGUGCUGCUGAGGAACUACAGGCAGUUGAUGAAGAAUGUUCUUGAAGAUGCGCGGCUGGUCAGACUGCAGCUGGAGGGUGGAGCGCUUCUGGCCAGACUGAGGAAGGAGGAGUCUUGUGUCACCCUCACCCACGACUACAGAGACGCACUUGAUGCUGCCAGUGUGCUUUACAAUCGAGUUGAUGAGGGCGUUCACCGGCUGGUGAUGCUGUCGAACAAACGCAUCCAGGAACUGGAGCUGGUGAUGGAGUUCGAGAAAGUGGAAGAAUGUUUUAAGGAGGUCAGCAGUUGGAUUGAGAAUGUUGGCAGAAAACGGCUAAAGGAAAUGAUCAACCUGGAUGAUUCUUUGGAGAUGCUGCUUCAAGCACAGAAGCAGUUCAGGGAGUUUGAUCUUGUUGCCAGUGAUUAUUGCAGAAGGGGGCAGGAAGCACUAAAGAAGAUGGAUCGAUGGGAAGACUUCUCCUCUGUGGAUGUGCAGUCUUACAGGGUAAAGCUGCAGAGCUACAGAGAUCAACUGGAGGAGUUCUGCAAUCAACUGGAUGAAAACAGGCACCGAAUCUGUGAGACGGUCAGGCUGUACGAAUUCUUUGACAAGGCAUACGAGUGGGCCUUGGAAGGGAUGCGACACCUUGCCUGCAUCAGCAUGGAGGACUGCAGCUCUGCCGAGCACUGUGCAGGUGUCAUCAAGUGUCUGGAGAGUUACAAGGGGCAGCACCCAGACAUCAGCGAUGCCCGGUUCCAGGAGAUGAAGGAGCUGGCCUGUGAGCUGAAGAGUGACAAGGGACUCAAGCAGUGGAAAUUUGCCUGGUCCAAAUGCCAGGAGACCAAGCUGGUUUUUGAAAAGAAACUCGAAGCAGCCUUGAGAACACGGAGGUCUCUGCUGUCAGACCGCAAACCAGCUGCGGGGGAGCAGCCCCGGGCUGGCAGUGAGGCUGGCAGUCUGUCCCACCGGAGGCACUCGGAGGGGGCCACCCCCGGGUCCCACUGGGACAGGACAUACAGCGCAUCCCACUGCUACAACAGGCCCAACUGCUCUCCGGGGUGGACUAAGGAGAAGGCUCCCUCGCCCUCCCUGAGCUGCCCUGGCGAUGGCAGUGCUGGGGAGGAAUUUGCCUGCCAAGCUGCUCUCAGCCCCGGUUCUCACUCGAGCAGAGUUUCUUUUGCCAACGGGGCCUCCAAGUCUCCAAAACUGCCUGAAGAAAAGCCAAACCUGGAGAGCAUAUUAGAAAACCUGGAGGUGAAGCCAUCCUGCACAUCCACUCCAGCCUCUGGGAAGCUGCCUCCCAGGAGGAUGCUCCGGAAGGCCCAAAGCUUUGACCUCCCCUGCGGUGAGAGCCUGUGGUCAGGCUGCCAGAGGACGCUGAGUGAGCCGGCAAGAUACGGCAACACCGGUGUCUUUAUUAAGGGCCUGGAGGUGAGCAGCACUGAGCUGGUGGACAGGACUUUUGCGCUGCGGCAGCAAGCUGGUCACAGCUGGGCUGCAGACUGCCUGCCGGAGGGACAGAGGGGCUGCCUCUCCGUGUCGGAAUCCAAGAGCUGGGGCAGCAAGCUGCGGCACAUCAUUGAUGAGAUGGUAACCACAGAGCGGGAAUAUGUGAGGUCGCUUUGCUACAUCAUCGAUAGCUACUUCCCCGAGAUGGAGCGCCUCGACCUCCCCCAGGACCUGCGUGGGAAGCGCAGUGUCAUUUUUGGGAACCUGGAGAAACUCUACGACUUCCACAGCCAGUACUUCCUGCGAGAGCUCGAGAGCUGCUGCAACCACCCGCUGCGGGUCAGCCACUGCUUCCUCCGACACAAAGACCAGUUCGGGAUGUAUGCAUUGUAUAGCAAGAACAAGCCGAAGUCGGACUCACUGCUGGCCAGCCAUGGGAAUACCUUCUUCAAGUUCAAGCAGGUGCAGCUUGGGGAUAAGAUGGACCUGGCCUCCUACCUGCUGAAACCCAUCCAGCGGAUGAGCAAAUAUGCCCUGCUCCUGAAGGACCUGAUCAAGGAGUGCAGUGAGGCGCAAGAGCAGGAGCUGGGUUACCUCCGUGCAGCUGAGGAGAUGGUGAAGUUUCAGCUCCGGCAUGGAAAUGACCUGCUGGCCAUGGAUGCCAUCCGUGACUGUGACGUGAACCUGAAGGAGCAGGGGCAGCUGGUGCGGCAGGACGAGUUCACCAUCUGGCUGGGCCGUAGGAAGUGCCAGCGACACGUCUUCCUCUUUGAGGACCUCAUCCUGUUCAGCAAACCCAAGAGGAUUGAGGGUGGCUUUGAUGUGUAUAUCUACAAGCGCUCCUUCAAGACUGCAGACAUUGGUCUGACGGAGAACUCUGGAGACAGUGGCCUGCGCUUUGAGAUCUGGUUCCGAAGGCGAAAGUCCAGCGACACCUACAUCCUCCAGGCCAGCUCAGCCGAGACUAAGCAGGCCUGGACCAGUGACAUUGCCAAGAUCCUGUGGCAGCAGGCAGCCCGCAAUAAAGGUGUGAUUCCUUCCCGGGGCGUCUGUGCCGCAAAAGAAAUCCGCAUGCAGGAGAUGGUCUCCAUGGGUGUGGGCAACAAGCCGUUCCUGGAUAUCAAACCCAGUGAGGCAGCUAUCAAUGAUCGUGCUAUCGAUUACAUCAUGAAAGGCAGAGGUGCCAGGACCAGAGCAUCAAUUGCGGUGUCUCUGUUUGACCAUUCCAACCCGUACAAGAGGACACAGGCGCAGCUCUCCGCUGGCAGCACCCCCACUGCCUACAGCCCUUCCUCCUCCUCCCUGCUGGGACCCCUCAACCUCCACAUGUACCUGGACCAGGCCCUGCUGCCUGGCGUCCUGGCCCCCGGCCGCCCCUUUGACAUUGGCACCUGCAUCGAGGAAGACGAGCUGGAGCACGAGACGAGCAGCCAGCCAUCACUGACAACAGAGAGCUCAGAGUCAUCGCACUGCAUGUCAGGCAGCGUCUCCAGUGGCUCCGACAGUGGCUGUGUCUCCAGCAUCCCACAAGAAAGCUUCUGUGAAGACGUGGGCUCACCCUCCUACAUGCCUCUGGGCUCACAACACAGCUCUGCCAUGGAGGAGAAACCCCGGUUCGCAAACAGCCAGUACAUUUCUGCAGUAAGUGCAAGCAGCCAAAGUACUCUCUUCACUUUGCCUGUUCCUGCAACUGCCUCCCCGGUUCAAGCUGCUGCCUCUCACGGUGGGGCUGAAGAUGCUGCUUUUGGGCUAGGAGUCACUGUGGGGAAGUGACCUGUCCUCUUGCAGAGACUUGGCCUCCUCUGUUGUGAGGGCCGCCUCUGCGGUGGCCAAGAUCCCUGAGGAGAUGCACUGGAAAGGACCUGCAGUGCUAGAGGCUACAUGCAGGAGCUGUAAUGCUGUCUUGGGCUGGGGCACAGACGAAACCUCCUGGGAUGGAGGGAGCUCUGCUGCAGAUGCUGCUGAGCUCCUUUCCUGGAAGGUUUGGGCCUUUUUCGGGGAGCAAUGAGGUGGAAGAGCGGGACCCUGUCGCUCUAAGAUGUCAGUGUGUCUCCACUUAUGUUCCUGAGAGUUCUCAGUUGCUUCCCUUCCUACUAGAUCGUGUCCUGAUGCUGUUGUCCUCUAACCCUGUACUAAUGCUGGCUUCUCUCCUCUGCAGAAAGCAGGCCAGGUCACCAUAAGUCCCUCGACAAUAGUGUGAGCCCCUCUGCACACGUAUUCCGCCUAAGGAAGUGGAGUUGUUGUAAGUAGCCCCUGAAGGGGAUUUUCCAGCAGCUCUGAGUGUUAGUCAGGUUUGUCAGUAGCUCUGAGUCAGGAGAACCUCACCCUCUGCUUCUCAAUGAGAAGUUUUCCACACACGUUCCUGACUGAUCUCUGAGGCUCCCAUUCAUCUGAUUAGAGAAGACCAGCUCCCCUAGAGCCCUCGCCUUAAACAGCCGCUCUGAUGCCUCCGGGUUUGGAGGAGCAGAAGCAAAACAAGCAAAAUCCCUUUCAGGUAGCAGAGGGCUGAGCACCACCUACUCAUCAGUCUUCAGAUGAGCUGCUUCUCUCUGGAUGCUGCCCAGCUGUCUAACCACUAAUCUGUUUCCUGUAGCUGUUUGCCGAAAUCCUGCUCUUCCUUAGUCCCUCUGAACUUUGCCUUAGGGAAUCCAUGGUAUUCUCCCCAGGCUGGAUUUAUCCCACAGUUUCCUUUGAACCUCCGAAGGAAACUGCACAUCACCAGGCAGAGGAACCUGCUAGGGUUAUGGUCAGGAUGUCCCGAGGGAGCUGCCAGAUGUUGCUCCUGUAUUUCCUGAUUUCUGGAGGAUGCCUUGUCUGAUCUGAGGAGGGGGGAGCCCUUGGAAAGCCACAUCACGCCCCCUCAAACCCGCCUGCCUCUGGCUCCGCUCUUUCCUCCCCGUCCUUGGGACUGAGCAGAGGCGGGUGAGCACGAGGGAGGCAGGUUAGGCCGUCCGUGGUCAAGGCACAGGGUGGUAGAUGGCUCGUAGGUUUGGUGCCGUGGGGCUGUUAGAAGCAGGCCCACGGCUUGUCGUCUGCAGGUGCAGGAGUUCAGAACCAGCCACGGUUCAAAUUUAAGAUCCAGAGCCCCUUCUCGGGGAGAGGGCGGGGGGGUGGUGGCUCACAGACAAGAGCUUUGAAGUGGCCACGAAGCAGCAGGGUUUGACAGCAGCGUGUAGCCUUGGGUGAGUCCUGAGGCGCAGGAACAGCCCUCCCCGGGGGUAGGGGGGAAGAGCCGCGCUUCUCCUGCGAGGCUCUCCCAGUAAAAUGUUCUUUCCCCACCAAAAUGCGGCUCUGACAAACCAAUGUUUUUUUUUCCAAGUGUUUUGGAAAAUCGCCGCUGGCCGGGGCAGAGAGGGACCUGGGGGACCCUGCCACAUCAGGGGAGUGCAGCCGGUCUAACCCAUUGCACGGUGCUGUGUUCCAGGUUUGAUUGCCAUUUCAAACUCACUGAAGACCCCAGGCCUCUGACCAGCAGGAGGAGACAGUCUUCACCUAUGAAGAUAUGGGGUUGUUGGGGUUUUUUUACACAUAAUCAGGCUCUUUAAACAGUCCAAACCCUGACCUCUGGCUGGGGGGAAGUGCCGAGAAGGUUUCUGUCAGCUACACGUAAUAGCUUUGGUGUUGGAUGGGACCUUGGGCGUUCAAAACUUGUUAGCCCUAUAUUUAAUGAGUAACAAGUAACAUAGCAGUUUGGAGGGGGAAAAAAAAAGAAAAAAAAAAAAGUAUUAUUUUUAAAGCUAUGAGCUGUACAGAUUUUUGUUAUGAGUGACUCUGUUACUAUUUGUUCUGUAAGCUGCACAUUUUAUAAAGUUUUUUGGAAGGGCAUGAAUUAAAACUGAGGUAUUUAAGAAAAGUAGCUUAACUGUUUCAGGGUUGUAUUGACCUGGAGCUCAAGAUUUAACGUCCUUCCUUUAUGUUCUAAAUAUUUCUGUCAUAGCGAUAAUUUAUUUUCUUGGCUUAACACUUCUGUUUUAAUAAAAGCAGUUUCAUUGUUACGGUGAAUUGUUUCUGCAGAUGGUUCGUGCAGUGCCUCGGGUGCUGAGCUUAUCUCUGCCUUAACCAGCUGCCAGCUCUUCCCUGUGCAACCUCUGCGCUCACCAGCUGCCACCUGCACCCUGUCACACCUCAGCAGUGUCCCAGGAGAGGGGGGGGGACAUCCCAGGGAGGUCAGAGCAGCCAGCAGGGCUGUCUGCUGGAGGUCAGGAGGUGCAAAUCGCCUCAUUUCCUGGCUGUAAUUUAAACUAAUUUAAGCUGUAAGUCUCGCUCUCCCCGCUGGGGCAGGGUCCUUGUCCCGGCGGCCCCGGGGUGACAGGGACUGGCUGCUGGCUUUGCCUCAGCCCCUCUCCGGGUACCCCAGUCCCACCGUCGUGCCUUGUUUGAGGAGUUUUGGGUGGUGGUGGCACCUGAGACCACUGCAGGGGGUUUGAUUAUAAUGCUGAAGCUUAGCCACGCGUUGGGCGAGGUGGCACCGUGUAACAGCAGGGCAAACUUGGCCUGUUCCUGAGUAACACCAAAGCUCCCUGCGCGUCUGGGACACCCUCACCCUCUUCUGACAGGAAAGAAAAAUGAGCAAUUUUGGAAACUGUGGUUACUUGCUGCCAAGCUCCUGUUUACUCCAGGUUUUACGGAGCGCUGUAAAUGGGGCUCCCCCAGCUGGGAGGGCAGUGGUGUCCCGUUCAGCCUGAGGAAGAAGACGGAGCAGUCCUUUCUUUAUCUGCAGUUUUCCUCCUCGGAGCUGCCAUGGAAUCUCGAAUGUUAAGCCCACCCGAGUUGCUCUCAACGUACAGACCAUCUCCCUUCCAGCUGGGAAAUCCCCGUACUGUGCAUAAACCACUUGGUUAUUUUUCAUAAGCUGGAUGUUUUAUAAACCUUGUUCUUUUUUUUUUUGUAGAGACAGCAAAGAGAACACAGUUUGACACCUUUGUACAAAAUUGUGUGGGGAAACAGUUGCACAGGGAAGAUUUUAGAAGUCACUCUUUUAAAAUAAAUGCUGAGUUAAUGCAAAAUGUAUGGGCUGUUGGGACAGCACUAGCUCGUGUCACAAGAGGGAGAGAAUUUACUAAUGCAACAAGAGGAACGUGAAACUUCCUGAAUUUCUCAGUUUCAAAGGUUUCUGCAUUGCUGGAAAAACCUUUAGUAAUGUUUACCUGACACUGUUUUUUCAGGGUUUGAUUGAUUUGUCUA